AUGGGGGACGCUGCGGCGCUUGAGAGGUCAAGGAGGCUCGGGAACGAAGAACCUAAAGUGAAAUUCAUCUAUCAAGUCAAAAAAGAGCUGGUAAAAGAACCUCCUCUAAGUGUACCAGAGGAACAAAAUGAACCCCAAUGGAUACAACCAUUUACAAAAGAGGACCUACAAUUAAUAGAUUUUGAAAAUCCUUUACAUCUCAGGAUAUAUGUCGAUUCAGAAUCAGCAGUAGUGCUGAGGCUGAGAGGAGAGAAGCCCAGUAUAUCUGUGAGAAUCAACACCAAGGGCCAGCUUCAAGUAUUGUGGGAUAAGAUGACUAUUACAUUGGAUGUAACAUGGACAACAUUCAGUAUUCUACACAAUCUGGUACACAUUCAAGCUAAAAUCUUAUCCGCUACAAAUAUUACACUUCCUGCUCAGUCACAGUUCAUAAAGAUAAUGGCAGAAAAGAUACUUUUUGGUUCCUAUAAAGAAGAAGAUGGUAAUGAAUAUGUUUCAGAAAACGUAUUCAGACUCAGCAAUGCUGGGUUGGUAAAAACAACUUCAAUAAAUAUACCAAAAAUGAUUGGUGAAGUAUUUUGUAAAAGCAAUGAAAUCGAAGAUGCCAUUUCUCUAGGCACCCUGAUAAUGUUGAAAAAGUCUUCUACACAAGAACAUUGGCGGUUGGGUCACAAUACCAAUAUGAUCUUCAACUCCAGUACAGGAGAAGUAAGAAUUGAGAAAGAAGGAAAUAGCCUAAUUAUCAAAGGCUCUGAACUGGUCUUGACAACAAAUCUCAAUACUGAAGAAGCUCUGAUGCGAACAGUAAUAGAUUCUGAGAAGGAAGAAAUUGUUAUACAUAACACUGUCACUAAAACCAAGAGGGUCAUUGAAAGACAAGUGCCCCAUACUGUUGUGAUGACCAAUUUAAAAUACUUGGCCAAAUCAAACAGUGAGCUCACUGAAGAGGUUGAGCAGCUACAUGACAAGCCAAAAUCUGCUGACAUUGCUGAUUGUUCCUCAACAACGGCUACAAGGGUAAUGUUGCUGAUGCGACAAAUUGGAGAAGCAGAGCGAUCCUGA